AUAAUUGGUACAAUAAAUAUUUUUUAAUUUGUUUUUUGACAGAAUACUUUCAGAAUUAUUUAACCUUGUGUUUAGUUAAAUUGUUCGAACCCUUUAUGUUAUGUGCGUGACAAUAUGUAAAAAAUAAUUUAUUAUGAAUAAUUCAAGCUUAAAAUAUAACAUGCGCUCAGUAGUAGUGUGCUAACGUACAAGUAGUCGACUACAUUGAAGUACCGGGUCACGCACGCUCUACUUGUUUAUUUAAUAAGCCGACAGUUAAUUGCUUACACACAUAAUCCUCUGGGGCAGUUUAAGUUGAUUGAUAUUAUGAUAACGUUAAACUAGAGUUUUUAUAGGUAUAAGGGUUGGUGCAUAUCUGUAGCGUAAUUGUCGGUCGCGGAAUGUCAGUCUGAAAAUUAUAUCAAAUGAUUGGAUGGAAACUUCGUCGCGUACUAAAGCAUAAUUCCAUGAGACGGUUUACUAUACAUUAUGUAAAAUGGCAUAAUAAGUUCGUUUUUUUAAUCAAUGGGCUUAUCUGAAACAUGUAGUAGUAAUCUUUUAUUACAUUUUUUUUAUUAUGAUGUGUUUUUUAUUUUCAAUCAUUGAUAAAAUAUGAAAUGAUCAAUGUUUGAGUGAUAUUGAUGAUGAAGCCGAUUUCAAAAUUUAUUAUUUAAAGUCUUAUUAUAGAACGAGGACUAUAGUUAGUACUUUGUUUAAACCAUUCACCGUUUAAAGCAAAUUGACAAUAACAGAAUAGAAAAUUUGAAAUUGAGACGUUUUGACUUCAUUGGGUCGAAUAAUGGAUUCAACUUGUACUAAAAUUAGUUGUAAGACAGACUAUGGUGGUAAAUAAAGUAGCAGAUUCCACGAUUUUCAAAAAUUAUGUUUUUUUUGUAGAACGCAAUGCAGCCCACGGCGCGCGUAGCUGCGUGGUCUGCGUGGGCGGGGUGGGCUGCGGUCCCGCGGGACCUACUUGAGCACCGGCGAGUGCGCAUUUCUUUGCACGAGCUGCCGCCGCGACGGGACUCGCCGCUCACGAUCUACACGCCCGAACAAAUUCGACAUAUUAUCAGGCUAGAGACGGCUCUGGGUCGAUGGCCUCCGACCGCACCACCUGCAAUAUGGCGGCCCGACGCUCGACCAUAUGAUUUGGACGCACAUUGGCGCCUUCCAGAUAUGAUACAAAACGUUCGUUUGGAGCGAGGUGGGAUUGCGCCGCCGCCGCCAAUAGAAGGUCCCGCGAGAGGAUGGGAGAAUGCAGCGCGGGGCUGGGCCGCUGGGGCGGUGUUACUGGCUGUACUACUGCUGUUAGUGCGUGCGCUUGAACGAUGCCUACACCGAAGACUGUUCAAAGGUCGGAGACGAUCCUCUGAAGAAUGGCCGACGCCUAACGUUAUGGCUACUAGUUGUCAAUAUGGAGGUCCGACGUUACCAAGACUCGAAGACUCAGAUACUUAUCCGUCUGAGAAUCGGGAGACAUCGAGUAACGACCUCCCACCUCCGUACUCCGAAUGUGCCAACAAUGAAGAAGUCUCAAAUCCAGAUGCCAACAAACCAUUAGGAAUGGAAGAACCACCGCCUCCGUAUUCAGCUUGCUAUUUUACCAAUCCAAAGAAUGGUAUACCCACAGUCCAUUUCUAUUCCAGAAGAAGUAAUUUGAAUAACGUUGAAGCUGGCCAUUCAAGCACAGAUUACAAUGCAGCAUCUAGUUUAUCAAUAGUUGAAAAUGAAGAAGCUGACAAGAUUUCAAAUUGUAUUAUAAGUUAUGAUGAUAAUAGAGAUUUGAGAUGUGAAGAGUCAAAUGACGCCCGUGUAAUAAACUGUAACAUAUAUGAAGUCACAGGCGAAGCAAAUCAUGAUGUAGUUACUAGUGACAGGGGUAAUGAACAUGUUGUAGAAAUCAAAGAUCAAGAAACACAAGAAAGAGCCUUGCAAGUUUAAAAAAUUAUAUGGUGUAUAUGGUGAUUUUUAAUGGCAUAUCCGUAUGCCAAUAAAAGACUCGUAAAUGCUUAACGAGUGUAUUAAUGGAUUGGUCAUGCAGUUGAAGAAAUAUAAAAAAUGUUACAUGCUAAUUUGUUUCAACACUUGAAUUUGAU